UGCAUGUUUUGAUACUCUCCGGCUGAUAAAUAACUAAAACAACAAUUCAAAAAUGUGCGUGAAAUUUGAAUUGGUUUUUACCGACCAAUGACGAAUCAACGGUUGAAAUUAUUGAAGUAAGUGUUUAGCUGAACCAAAAAUGAGAUUCUUUAUUGACGAGCUGGAAAUACUGUUUCCGUACGAGUACAUUUAUCCCGAACAGUAUGCGUACAUGGUGGAGCUGAAAAAAGCAAUUGACGCCAAAGGACAUUGCCUGCUGGAAAUGCCUUCGGGUACCGGUAAGACAAUCACUAUACUGUCGCUGAUCAUAGCGUACAUGAUCAAGUAUCCGGCAAAACUCUCCAAACUGUUGUAUAGCACCCGCACGCUGUCCGAGAUCGAGAAGGCCGCCGAAGAGUUGCGUGUGCUCUGCGAUUAUUAUAAGACAAACAAAUACGAUGUCAGCAUUCUCGGUGUAGUCCUGUCGGCUCGUAAAAAUCUGUGUAUUAAUCCAACAAUUUCUGGUGAACACAACGGGCGCAUUGUUGAUGCACGAUGUCAUGCAAUGACAGCACCAUUUGUGCGCGCUCGCCAUGCCGAAGGAGAAACUGCUAAUGUUUGUAGUUUUUACGAAAAACUUGACUCUCUUGGGAGAGACACGAUUCUACCUGCAAAUAUUUACAACAUUGAAGAUUUAAAAGACUUGGGUAUAAAACAGGGGAUAUGCCCUUAUUUUGUAGCUAGACAAACACUUAUUCACGCCAAUGUUGUCAUAUAUAGCUAUCAUUAUCUUUUGGAUCCAAAGAUCGCCGGUAUAGUUUCUAAAGACUUCAACAAGAAUACUAUAGUUGUGUUUGAUGAAGCUCAUAACAUUGAUAAUGUAUGUAUAGACUCAUUAAGUUCUCAUAUCACGAGCAAUAAUCUUGAUAAAGCAAUGGAAGGACUUAGCAAACUAGAUACUGAAAUCACAGCCAUGAAAGAGAGAGACUCUCAAAGAUUAAAGGAAGAAUAUAGAAAAAUGGUAGAUGGUUUGAGAGAAAUAUACAGAAAUCGUGAGGCCAACGCUGCAUUAGCUAACCCGAUUGUACCUGACCAGGUACUUAAAAUUACUGAACUUCCAGGAAGCAUCAGGAGUGCUGAACAUUAUAUUGGUUUUAUGAAAAGAUUCAUCAUGUACUUAAAACUUAGAAUGACAUCUACAACUGUUGUGCAAGAAACACCCAUAAUGUUCAUUAAGGAUGUGUUUCAAAAAGUAUGCAUAAAUAGGAAACCAUUAAGAUUUUGUACUGAACGAUUAUCAUCGUUACUAAGAACAUUAGAAAUUUCUGAAAUUAUAGAUUUCUCUUCACUUAUUACUGUUGCUCAAUUUGCCACCCUUGUGUCUACUUAUAUGAAAGGAUUUAUGAUAAUUAUAGAACCAUUUGAUGAAAGAUCCUCGUCAGACAGCUGUGUUAUGCAUUUCAGUUGUUUAGAUGCCUCAAUUGCCAUUAAACCAAUUUUAGAUUAUUUUAAUACAGUUCUUAUUACAUCAGGAACAUUGUCACCAUUAGAUAUGUACCCAAAAAUUUUAAAUAUUAGUCCUGUAAUAAUGACAUCACUAACCAUGACAUUAUCAAGACAAUGUUUUUUGCCAAUGGUAGUUGGUCGAGGUAAUGAUCAAGUAGCAUUGACUUCCAAGUGGGAGUCAAGAGAAGACUCUUCUGUUGCACGCAACUAUGGGCAUUUAUUGUUGGAAAUGGUAAAAGUGGUGCCUGAUGGUGUUGUGUGUUUCUUUCCAUCAUAUCUGUAUAUGAAAUCUGUCGUGGCUGCUUGGUAUGAUCAAGGAAUAAUUGAAAAAAUUUUAGAUUACAAAUUGAUAUUUAUUGAAACCCAAAAUAUUGUUGUCACAAAUCAUGCAAUAAAAUGCUAUGCAGAAGCCAUCGAACGAGGGAAAGGAGCAUUAUUAUUGUCUGUUGCUAGAGGUAAAGUAUCUGAGGGUAUGGAUUUUGAUCAUCAUUAUGGCCGAGCAGUAAUUGUUCUAGGUAUGCCUUAUGUUUAUACACAAUGUCGUAUUCUAAAGGCUCGUAUGGAAUAUCUAUGCAGUCAAUACCAAAUAUCAGAAGGAGAUUUCUUAACAUUUGAUGCAAUGAGACAUACUGCCCAAUGUGUUGGCCGAGCUAUCCGUGGUAAAAUGGAUUACGGUAUUAUGGUUUUUGCAGACAAAAGAUUUGCUAGGAAUGAUAAAAGAAGUAAACUACCCAAGUGGAUACAAGCAUAUCUAACUGACAAUGUUUGCAAUCUAACAGUGGAUGAAGCAGCCCAAAUGUCUAAAAGAUGGUUAAGGUAUAUUGCUCAACCUGAUCCAUUAGAAAAUCAAAUGGGAAUUUCUUUGUUGGAUGCAAAAGCACUCAAUAACACUGAUUUCUUAUCUAAAGUUAUUCAAAAAUGUUAACUAUAAUUUACAUGUUAAAAUUUAUACUAAUUUAAUUUCUAUCUUUUGUAAUUGUCUAUAAACUUAUUUAAGUUUACUCUAUUAUUUACAUUAUAUUUUUUUAAAUAUUUACAUUUGUAACCAAUUUGUAUU